UUCAUCUUUGAAGAGAUGAGCACCAAGGUUGACGGUAUCGAAUUUCGGCAGGCCAUCUCAGCGGACAGGGAAGCCUACCGGGAGGCUCUGGCACGAUUCUUCUAUCCCGAGGAACCAUUAACCAUCGGUUACUACCUCGGUAAGGAUGUCACGGAAGACGAUAUGGAGUUCACGCUGUCCCUCAUCGAGGAAGGAUUCGUUUGGCUGGCCGUGCAGGAAGGAAGCGGGAAAAUUAUUGGAAUGUGCGGAGGUUCUUUCAUCGAACGGGGAGAAGCCGACCAAUUGAUGGAUGCGGCCGAGCGAACCGAAACGAAGAAGUUUGCCGAUAUCCUGCGCCUGUUGGCUCACCUUUCGAGGGAAGCGAACGUCUUUGAACGAUUCGGAGUCGACCGGGCGUAUCACGUGCACUGUUUGGCGGUUGAUUCCGGUUUUCGUGGGAAAUCGCUGGGGAGGAUUUUGGUAGAGAAGCAGUUCGAGUACGCCAGGAAGUGUGCGAUUCGGGUGGUUAGUGCGGAUGCGACGAGCGUCUACUCGGUGAAAUUGUUGGAAAGGUUAGGGAUGGAAAGCUGUUAUGCGUUGACUUACGCGGACUAUAGAGAUGAACACGAACAGCAGGUGUUCCUCACUGAUGGACCCCACUCGGAAGCAAAGACUAUGGUGAAAGUGCUGUGAAGUGAUUCUUCAA